UCAAUGCUUAACAUCACUAGUUAGCGGUGUAGUCGGAAGGUGUUUGUUUGAUUAUAACGGAGAAAACUAUUUAAUCUUCAUUCGACGACUUAAAUAUGACGGAAAUGUUUUCAUCGCUCUUUGGGCAAAAUGAAGCUCAGGGACCGCCUGGUUCUUCGUCGCUGGGUUUCGGACCAGGGAAACCUCCGCCGCCUCUGCCGCAAAAUCAAGUUACGAUGGCGGGUCAGAUGCCACCGCAGCUCGGGGAUGAAGGGCCUGCUCUGCGGAAACCUGGAGCCAUGAAUGAACCUUUCUAUUUAUUGCGAGAAUUGCCGGUGGGAAACGAGUUAACAGGCAACACUAACCUCAUCACUCACUACAAUCUGGAACACUCUUACAACAAAUUCUGUGGCAAGAAGGUGAAGGAGAAACUCAGCAACUUUCUGCCAGAGUUACCAGGUAUGAUCGAUUGUCCCGGCACUCAGGACGGCAGCUCCCUUCGCUCGUUGAUUGAUAAACCUCCUGUUUGUGGGAACUCGUUCAGCCCUCUGACUGGUGCGCUGCUCACGGGCUUCAGACUGCACUCAGGACCGCUUCCAGAACAGUACAGAUUAAUGCACAUUCAGCCUCCGAAGAAGAAAAGCAAACAUAAGCACAAACACCAUCGGCCACAGGAUCCAUUACCACAAGAAACUCCAUCAGAUUCUGACCCUAAAAAGAAGAAGAAGAAGAGGGAUGAUGAUCCUGAUCGCAAGAAGAAGAAGAAAGACAAGAAAAAGAAAAAGAACCGCCACAGUCCCGACCACCCCGGCCUGACAGGCUCGCAACCCAACAGCAACAGCCUCAGAUAGACUGCAGUCCACUGUGCGCAUGCCUGCCUGCAUGUGUGUUUUGUAAGAGAUGUGUGUAUGUUGAGUAUAAUUGUGUUACUGAGCACACAUCAUUUUGAAAGCUGAAGUGAUUCACGUGACUGUGUGAUGUGCGAAAGGUGCAGCGACACAGUGGAAGUAUUACAGAUCAGUGUGUAAAAGGCAAAAUGUCACUAUUGAUCUUUGUGGUUUCACAGUGACUGAGCAAAUACUGUACUUAAGUCCCUUUUUCUUGUUAUAUUCCUUGACCAUCGUGCCAAAUUCAUAUUAAAUUUUUUUUUGUUAUGA